UCAAAAAUAUAUGUCAAUAAAAAUGUGACAAAUAUUAGAAAAUGUUUUAUAUAUCAAAAUCAAAGUCAAAGACUAAUGACUGGAUUAACAGUUAGUCAAGCGUUGACUUAUUCAUCAAAAUUGAAAAAUCCGAUUCAAUAUAAUGACCAAAAAGUUGACCACAAAAAAAUUGUUUCGGAUAUAAUGCAAGAACUAUUGAUAAGUGAUAUCAAAGACAAUAAGAUAGACAACUGUAGCGGCGGUCAAAUCAAACGCUUAAGUAUUGGCUUAGAGUUGACAUCAGUUUGUAAGCCAUACCUAUUGUUUAUCGAUGAACCGACAACUGGUUUGGACACACACUCAGCAAUUAUGGUAAUCUCUUGUUUGAAACAAUUGUCUCGCAAUCAUAACAUGUCUAUAAUUAUUAGUAUACAUCAGCCAAACAAUGAAUUAUAUCAAAUGUUUGACACAAUCUAUGUGUUAGCAAAAGGUGGACAAACACUAUAUUCAGGGUUUCCACAAAAUUUAGACCAAUUUAUUGCUGAUAAUCACAUCAAAUGCAAUGAAAAUCAAUUAGCAAUAGAUAUGUUAAUGAAACACAGUUACAAUAGCACUAAUAUAUCUAAUGUCAAUAAUCAUCUGAAAACUAACAUAAUUAAGAAUAUUGAUAGUAAUCUAAUUUUAAUGAAAUCACAAUCUGUUUAUCAAACAAAAUCGUGGUUUAACUUAUAUGAUAUAUUUAUUAACAUUAAACGAAAUAUACAUAGUGUUUAUAUAUCUCAAUGGAUGAUCACAUGGACAUUAUAUUUGUUUUAUUUUGUGUUAAACAUAAUAUUUGUUACAUGUUUUUCAUCUGAUAUGUCUACCAUCGAUGGCUGUAUUGAUUUCAGUAACUAUUUGGACGCCAAGACAUACACGGAUAUGACAUAUGAAGCAUAUGUUUUAUUUCAGACACAAUCAUAUCUUUUUAUUUCAUCAUUAAAAUUGUGUCUUAUUGUUUGCUUAUUUACUAUUUAUACCAUUUGUCAUAAUUCAAAAAUUAUAUCAUCUGAAUAUAAAAAUGGUAAUUAUAUCAUGAAAAUGUUGAUAUUUUAA